CCCCUCCUGACGUCACAUCAAUGGCUCUUUGCAUGAACUGUUUUCUGCAACCCCUUCUCGUGUGCAAAGCAAAACGUAUCGCACUGCCGCUGCCAACGAAUUCCGACUAGAGCGAGAGGGAAAGAGAGGGAAGAUCGGAGUGAAGGGAAAUCUCCCGUAUCAAUUUGAACGACGGAAAAACAGCACAAAAGCGGGCAGGGUGACAUUUUCUACAGCCUUUGGAAGAGAAACCUUCCCCUUGCAUUGAAAAUGGAGCUACCCGCCGCGGGAGAGCACGUCUUUGCGGUGGAGAGCAUCGAGAAGAAGCGUAAUCGAAAGGGGAGGAUGGAAUACCUAGUCAAGUGGCGAGGAUGGUCUCCAAAAUAUAACACAUGGGAACCAGAAGAAAACAUUCUCGACCCGCGACUGCUUGACGCUUUCCAGAACAGGGAGAGAUACGAGCAGCUUAUGGGAUAUCGCAAAAGAGGGCCAAAGCCAAAGCACCUGAUCGGCCAGGUCCCAUCCUUUGCCCGGAGAUCCAGCGUUCUCUCAGGCCUUCAGGAGACCACCCUGGACGAGGACAACCGGCAGAAAGUGGACCCCAUCCAGACACUGCGCUCGCAGACCCAGCAGUACCAGUUGAACAGCAAGAAGCACCACCAGUACCAGCCCCUGCUGGCCAAGGAGAGGGAGGCCGAGCAGCAGGCCAACGGAAAGAAGAAGCUCUACUACCAGCUCAACAGCAAGAAACAUCACCACUACCAGCCUGACCCCAAGAUGUACGACAGCACCCAGUGCAUGAAGCCCAGGGAGGCCACCAAAGCUCCAGAACUGCCCACCAACCACAGCUGGAACCUGCCUCCUGCGCUGCAGCAGAAGUGGGUCCGGGACAAGGACUCUGGCUGCCUGAGCAAAGUCAAGGAUAUUACCAUGGAGCUAAAGAAGCUUCCGGCUCACCUCAACGACCACAGUGGCGAAUCGGAGCAGAGCAAGGCCACGGCCAAAGAGGACGCACCGCUGUUGAAGGCCAACGAUGUCAGCGACAGCAAGCUGAAGAUUGUCAAGAACAAAAACAAGAAUGGACGCAUCGUCAUUGUCAUGAGCAAGUACAUGGAGAACGGCAUGCAGGCGGCAAGGAUUAAAAACGGAGAUGUGGAAACCCUUGACGAACCGCAGCCGGGCAAUGAUGAUGAUGCUGCAGAAAAUCAACUUGAAAAGAUGAGGCUCGUCCAGAAACUGGGUCUCACCAACGGAUUCGCGAAAGACUGCAACAAAGACGUUAAGUUACACGUCCUCAACUCAGGAUCUAACGGAUCUAACGUAUUUAAGUGUCCUGCUGAGAAGUUCGACUCACCCAAAAUGGAGCUUAGUGCGACAGAGCAGCCCCUGAGGCUGACCACCAAACCUAACCUUGCCCCUUGGCCCUUUGAGAUGGGAGUUCAUAGAAGGACCCAGCCAGUAAACGGCUCCUCUCCAGCCCUGAAACGUCACCUUUCAGAGGCAGACAAGGGCGAGGACCGGGGUGGCUGUAAACGGUUUCUAAACUCCCGGAGUAUCAGUGCACCCUGCACUGUGUCCUCACCGCCUCAGAGCAACUCCAUGGACCAAAAUGGCCACCAUAGCCACAAUGGCCACCAGGACUAUGACUUCCUGGAGUCUAACCAGGACGAGCCCAUGGACCUCAGCUGUGUGAGGUCCAGAGGGGAGGCUCCAGUUCCCACAGAGACACAGGUGGCUCCUUCUGCUGAGGAGGAGAAGACUGCAGAACAGACAAAACCGCCAUUGGCUAUCACAACAGAACAUACUGUGGAGGAGGAGCCUUUUGCUUCAUUCAAGCCUUUCCUUGGGAAUAUAGUCAUCACGGAUAUUACAACAAACUGUCUCACGGUGACAUUUAAGGAAUACGUUACAGUGUGACGAAGCUGAAAAAGACGAUCUGAGGACGAGGGACUAAUAGCAAAUGUGUGAAUAUGUACAAAUGUGUUUUGGAACAUAUUGGUAUUUUCAGAUGUUUGAAUGUAAAUAAGAGCCCUUACAAUUUGCAUUUAGUGGGGUUGAGAUUCAUUUUGUUUCGGGUUCCUAACCCUUCUAUAAUUUGUAUGUACGUAGCUUUGGCUAUCAUUCUCUAAAUGAGCCCCCGAGUUCUUGUCAUACUUGAUGAUGUAAGCUUCUAAUUGAGUUACAAACUACUUUAGUAUAUGCUAUUUGACAAAUGGUAUCAGGGCUCAGUGAAAAAGCACUUACUCUUGUAAAUAAUUAUUUACUUUUUAUAGAGGCUUUAUAUCCGUUUUGCUUUACAGUCUUUGUUUAAGGUCUAUAUAUUGAGAAAGAAAAAGUCUAUAUAUUGAUUAUUGGUAAAUGACACCCUCUUUCGGUUUAUUUGCCUGUGUGUGGUGUUUGUGCACGCAAGUAAAUACGUGUGUGUGUCUGUGCGUACAUGUGUAGCGAGGUUGCAAAAUGAUGGGCCGUGUGUGCGCAUGUGCAGUACUAGUCAAAAUUUGGACACAACUACACAUUCAAGGGUUUUUCUUUAAUUUUACUAUUUUCUACAUUGUAGAGUAAUAGUGAAGACAUCAACACUAUGAAAUAGCACAUAUUGAAUCAUGUAGUAACCAAAAAAGUGUUUUAGAUUUUAGAUUAUUCAAAGUAGCCACCCUUUGCCUUGAUGACAGCUUUGCACACUCAUGGCAUUCUCUCAACCAGCUUCAUGAGGAAUGAUUUUCCAACAGUCUUGAAGGAGUUCCCACAUAUGCUGAGGUUUUCUUCGACUCUGGGGUCCAACUCAUCCCAACCCAUCUCAAUUGGGUUGAGGUCUGGUGAUUGUGGAGGCCAGGUCAUCUGAUGCAGCACUCUCCUUCUUGGUCAAAUAGCCCUUACACAGCCUGGAGGUGUGUUUUUGGGUCAUUGUUCUGUUCAAAAGCAAAUGGUAGUCCCACUAAGCGCAAACCAGAUGGGUUGGCGUAUCGCUGCAGAAUGCUGUGGUAGCCAUACUGGUUAGUUGUGUGCCAGGAAUUCUAAAUAAAUCACUGACAGUGUCACCAGCAAAGCACCCCCACACCAUCACACCUCCUCCUCCAUGCUUCACAGUGGGAACCACACAUGCGGAGAUCAUCCGUUCACCUACUCUGCAUCUCACAAAGACAUGGUGGUAGAAACUAAACAUCUCAAAUUUGGACUCAUCAGACCAAAGGAUAGAUUUCCACCGGUCUAAUGUCCAUUGCUCGUGUCUCUUGGCCCAAGCAAGUCUCUUCUUAUUAUUGGUGUCCGUUAGUAGUGGUUUCUUUGCAGAAAUUUGACCAUGAAGGCCUGACUCACACAGUCUCCUCUGAACAGUUGAUGUUGAGAUGUGUCUGUUACUUGAACUCUGUGAAGUUUUUUUUUGUGCUGCAAUUUCUGAAGCUGGUAACUAAUGAACCUAUCCUCUACAGCAGAGGUAACUCUGAAUCUUCCUUUCCUGUGACGGUCCUCAUGAGAGCUAGUUUCAUCAUAGUGCUUGAUGGUUUUUACGACUGCACUUGAAGAAACUUUAAAGGUUUCUGCAUUGACUAAGCUCCAUGUCUUAAAGUAAUGAUGGACUGUCAUUUCUCUUUGCUUAUUUGAGCUAUUCUUGCCAUAAUAUGGACUUAGUCUUUUACCAAAUAGGGCUAUCUUCUGUAAACCAACCCUACCUUGUCACAACACAAUUGAUUGGCUCAAACGCAUUAAGAAGGAAAAAAGUUCCACAAAUUAACAUUAACAAGGCACACCUGUUAAUUUAAAUGCAUUCCAGGUGGCUACCUCAUGAAGCUUGUUGAGAGACUGCCAAGAGUGUGCAAAGCUGUCAUCGAGGCAAAUGGUGGCUACUCUGAAGAAUCUCAAAUAUAAAAUAUAUUUCGAUUUGUUUAACACUUUUUUGGUUACUACAUGAUUCCAUAUGUGUUGUUUCAUAGUUUUGAUGUCUUCACUAUUAUUCUACAAAAUAGAAUAAUAGAGAAUAGAGAAAAUAGAGAAAAUAGAAAAUAGAGAAAAAUAAAGAAAAACCCUGGAAUAAAUAGGUGUGUCCAAACUUUUGACUGGUACUGUAUGUGUGUGUUUGCAAGAUGGACAUAUUCAAACAAGGAAGAUAGAAGUCCAUUGCUUGGACAGAUCAGGAGAGCCAAACAAACAGGGCCUCCCGGGUCAAACUGCACAAGUCAAUGAAGGAGCUUAGAGUUAACAUGUACUUUGCACUGUUGUAGGCUGGCUGAGGGGGGUGAAUGGCUGCUGCGAAGGGGGUGGCCUUAGCCUCUUAUCUGAGGUUAACGUUUAGGAAGAUAGAUAUUACUGGUUUCAAUUAUUGUAAAUAUGUGAAAUACCCACUAAUAUCAUUCAUUCCCUGUAGUGCUGUAACAAUGUGGCAUUUUAAAUAUCAAUUCAAGUCCCAUUGGCCUAGUUCUUUCUUCAAGACCCAUAACAUGGAUAUUAUUAAUAAAAAAAAUAAUGCUAUGUUUAUAAUUGAUCCUAUUUAUUGUAGCUAUUCACCAUUAAUGAGAAACAUGAAGGGAAGUUGGAAGUGAUCUAUAUCGUAUUAACUUUAGAAGGUCUUGCACAUCAACUAACAAUCACAUUGACCUUUUGUUGAAGUAAUGAUGAAUUCACCUACAUGUCAUAUUCAGAAUGUAAACUAUGGGUGAUUAAAUCAACAUUACAGUUUACACAGGUGGUCUUUAAUGUUCAAUGCAUUUAAGGAAAUGUCCGGCUAUUCUUUUGUUCACACCGUUUUCUUCAUUCUCCGUCAUGACUAGAAGUACAGAAGUAAUUGUGAACGGUGUUCUCAUAGCCUGCACUCUAAUGCUCAUGAGUUUGAUAGGCCUAUGGCCUUUUGUGGGCUUAUAACACUGUUAACUUGAGCCUAUAACAGUUUUAUAACACUGUUAAUAUUUCAAUUGCGUUCAGUGUUUUCAUUUCAAGGGCAUGGUAUAUGGUACCCUAGGCUAGUCUGUAGCCUAUUCUGGUAUCAUCAAAAAACAUGAAUUAAUGGGACCUUCUCAGUGUUCUGUUUGAAACCCCUUUCAGCACAUGGUUCUUUAAAUAUGCAUUGUAACUGCUUUUAAGAGGGACUUUGUUGUUUAUGUGAGCAGACUAAACUGAAAAGGCUUCUUCUGAUGUGUUUUUGCGAGAAUAAAAUUGUAAGAAAGUUA